GCGCGAUUCCUCCCGAUUUCACGAUUUCUCCCGAGACCACCGAUAGCAACCGCUCGGUCGCGGGGCGGAGAAGUCGCCAGAGAAAAUGACGGCGCCGGUGACCACCACCACCUCCUCCCUCCUCCUCCUCCACCACCCUGCCGCCGCCAUCCGUUCCCUUCCCUCGCCACCUCGUCCCAGUGCUGUGGCCCGUCCCGGCCGCAGCCGGCGUCGUGCCCUCCUCCGGUGUUCCGCGGUGUCCGAGCUCGCGCCCACCGCAUCAGCCGCCUACGGCGCCCUCCUCCUGGGCGGCGGCGCCUUUGCAUAUGUGAGGUCGGGGAGUAAAGGCUCCAUCUUUGGAGGACUGUCCGGAUCCGCGCUUAUGGGCAUUGCUUAUUAUCUGAUGCAAUCACCUGAAACAAAGGCGUUAGGUGACGCUGUUGGAUUUGGAUCUGCCUUUCUGUUUGCCAGUGUUUUUGGUAUAAGGCUGUACAAUACCCGGAAACUGGUGCCCUCUGGUCUUCUUCUAGUUCUUUCGCUUGGUGCCUUGGGUGUCUUUUAUUCUGCUUAUAUGCAAGACAAGGUGUGAACAAAUUCGAUUUGGCAGUCGAAGAAUUUUGUACUAGCUGAACCUUCAUUGAAGGCUGUCUUUAUUAAAUGUAAAAUUUUGAACCGAUCGUCGGUGUUUCUUCCUCUGUUUUAGUCACAACAUCAUUUAGUGUUGUCCAUGUCUUGCCAACGAUAAGCUUGAGCAAGCUUUCAGCCAUCACUGUGCUGAUUGAAAAUGUUGCUCCUGGACUGGACUAAAUAUGUCUGACGUUGAACAUGUUAAGUUCUCGGCCUGUACUUGCCUAGGCAGUCGGCACAUUGUA